CCACUGCAAAACGGUACGAGAAGGCCGUCCCAUACAGUUCCUGGACCGGCGUUCAGGAUGCCACCCAGUUCAAGGAUGUCUGCCACCAGUUUGGUCUGAUUGCCACACUGUUGCCGCAAACCAACGCACAGAGUGAUGACUGCCUCUACCUGAACGUGUGGGUGCCGGCAAAGAAGAGCGAGGCGAAACGCCCGGUGAUGGUCUUCAUCCACGGCGGCGCCUUUGAGGGCGGCUCCGGGGUGAUGGAGGGCAAGGACCUGGCGGCGCAGGGCGACGUCAUUCUCGUCACCAUGAACUACCGCCUCGGCCCGCUGGGCUUCAUGAUGGGCGCCGACCUGCAGACGAACCAGGGCCUCCACGACCAGCUGCUCGCGCUGAAGUGGGUCAAGCAGAACAUCCACUUCUUCGGCGGCGACGCCAGCCAGGUGACCCUCUUCGGCGAGUCGGCGGGCGCCAUGAGCGUCAGCGCGUACAUCUUCAGCCCCCUGGCGGAGGAGGGCCUCUUCAAGCGGGGCAUCCUGCAGUCGGGCUCCCUCGCCGUGGAGACCCUCUGCAACUCAAAGGAGCGAUCGCUGGAGAAGACGGCCAUCCUCGGCGCCAAGGUCAACUGCACGGAGAAGGACGUCCGCAAGCUGGUGGAGUGCAUCAAGAAGGUCGACGUGGAGCAGCUGAAGGCCGCCUCGGCGGACGACUUCGUCACCAACGCCUUCUUCGUGCCCGUCUGGGGCGACGAGCUGCUGCCGCUGCAGCCGCAGAAGGCCCUCGAGAGUGGUCACUUCAAGAAGAACCUCGACCUCAUCUACGGAACUAACCGCGACGAGGGCGGCAUCUUUGCCCUCUUCAUCAUCCCCGAGAUCAUGGGCGACAACAACCUGGACAAGAGCUCCAUCAAGAAGUACACGGAAAAGGUUUUCAAAAAAUUCAACAUUGGCCACUCUCAGGAGAUCAUCGACUACUACUCGGGCAAGGUGACGGCCAACACCACACAGGACGACUUUAAAGCACUUAUUUCUGGCGCCUUUGGCGACUACGCCCUGGUGUGCCCGACCAUUCUGUUUGGCGAAAUGUUGGCCCAAAAGAGCUCCCCCAACUCUCGUUUCUACUCCUACCGACUGAUGGAGUACAAGCCGGCGAUGGGACCAAGCUGGAUGGGCGUGGCUCACUCCUCCGAUCUGCAGUACCUCUUCAAAGUGGAAGAAACAAAGAAAGACGCCGAUCUGUACCAGCUGAGCAAGGACGUCAUCCACGCCUGGACGCAGUUCGCCAAAACGGGCGUUCCCGGAAAGAUGGGCAACGUCGAGUGGGCCGAGGCGGUGGGCGGAAACAAGGCCGUCAAGGACUACCGCACGCGGUACAUGUCGCUGGAAACGAAACACUUCAAAAUGGUGGACCGUUUCUUUGAAGCCACCUGUAACGGCUUCUGGAAGCCAAAGCUGUUUUCAUAA